AUGCUGCUGAGGGUCCUGGAAGGGGCUGGAAGGAGCAGGAGAAGCCGAUGCUGGGGGUGGGGGACGGGGGGUACCCCUGUGCGGAGCUGGCGGAGACCCGGCCGAGGGGGCGUUGGCACUUUUCAGGAGCCGGCAGGUGAGGGGGCGGGUGGAAGGGGCAGCCUGAGCGCCCUCUGCCGGCUGCGGGCUGCCGGCCCGACGCCCCUCUCCGCCCCAGCGAGGAUGCAGCGAGGGUCUGGGUCUAGGAGGGGUGCAUGCUCCGUGGUGCCGCCGUGUUCCUUUGCCCUCUGCUGUGCACCCCAGCGCCUGGAGCCGCAGAGCCAGACCCUGCUGCGUGCCACGGGGCACCCAGAGCAUCCCCGCCAUGCCCUGGGCAGCCCCGGACCAGACCGGGUCCUGGCCCAACUGCCCCUGCCCUUCUUGGGGGGGCCGACUUGCACCCUCCCCCAUAGAGGUCCGCGUCCUGGGGGAACAGGCCCGGGCCCGGCCCCGGGCCUUAGGGGGCUGAGGUGUCUGUCCCUGGCCUGGGUGCCCCAGGCCUGAGCUGUGCAUGUUGAGGGGGCAUCCCCCCCGCACCUGCUGCUGCUGGAGCUGUACCUGGAAAGUGUGUGUUGCGGUGAGGGGCCCCUGGAGGGCCUUCGCAGCCAGCCUGGGCUCCUGGACACCAUUGUCUCCUUCCAGCACUGGCAAGGGGAGUGGGUGGCCCAAGUGGUUCUGCACCAGGACCACCGGCUGCAGGAAUCAGAGCUGAGUCUCCUCCCCCAUGAGCCUGAGAAUCUUGCCAAGGACACCAGUGGAGGGGACUGCCGGGUCGAGUUGGAGCCUGAGGCCACUGAGCAUGCUGUCCUGGAGGCCGGAGGGCCAGCAAGGGCACUGAAGGGUGCAGGGACGGUGACCCUGGGCUCUGAGGAGGCACCAGCACAGGUAGGAAGGAGCCUUCUGCCGACAGGUCCUAUAGGGUCUCUUGGAAAGGCUUGGCCAGUCAGCUUAGGGCUCGUGGGGUCACUGGGACGGGGGCUGGUGAGCCUGGGGCCAGUGGGCUCUUCAGAGGAGGCAGGGCUGAUGAGCCUGGGGUCUGUGGGGCCUCCAGGCCCAGCGGGCCCUAUGGAGAUUGCCCCAGGGUCUCUGGAGCAUGUGGGGUGGGUGAGCCUGGGGCCUGCGGGGCCACCGGGGCCAGGAACCAUGCCUUUCAUACAACUUGACCACGAGGACCUUCUUGCCGGCCUGGGACGUGUUGCUGUCUUCCCGGUGGGAGGACUAGAUCUGACUGGCUUUCAGCUCUGGGGAGCCCUGGCCCCAUGCCAGGGGGCGGAGUAGUUUCUGCAAAGUCCGCUAGGGGGCAUUGUCUGUCACGUGCUGAGCCUGAAGGCCCAGAGCAGGGCCAGGCUCCUGGGUGGCCCAGACCAGAUCAGCGCUUCCGGGCCGGAGGCUCAGUUCCAAUGUGUCUUUGGGACAGAGCAUCUGGCCAGGGCUGCCCUGGACACAGACCCUGAAGAGGUAGAGACAGAGGCCACCCUGCCCCUCCCCUGUGGACCCAGUUUCCAGGCCCCCUCUGGCCACUCCCACACCCUGUCCCCAGACAGUACAGGCAGUGACUGGGGGAGCAUGACACUAGAGGAGGUCCGAGGGCUGAUGGCCACCCUGGAGGACCCCGAUGGGGAGGGCUGGCCGCCUCCAGAGCUGGGGACAGAGAAGCCUGAGGGGGAGUCUGCACCCAGGGCCGGGAGGGGCCUAGGCGGCUGCAAGCGGAGGCGUGCUGGCCGCGAGCGGUCCCUGGAGCUUCAAGGCCGGGCGGCCCAGCAGGAGGACGCCGUGUCGCAGUGAGCCCUGGCCCUCUCCUUGCUGGAUCCCCUGUGUUGGAGGCAGAAGAUGGACUCCCAGGUGGGGGGCACUGGUGGCCAGGCCUGGCUGGUGGCGCGUGUGGCCUUUGAGCAGGAUGGGGGUAAGCCGGAGGGGGCACUAGGGGCGUUGGAGGUAUGCCUCCGGGAGGAGAUGGCGGGGUCCUGGGGGGCAUGUCGCCUGCAGAACCGGGAGCCACCGGUGGGGAACCAGCGCCCCGAGCUGACAAGCAGCAGGACGAAGGGUGGCCGCAAGGCACGCUCUUUGGGCAGGGGAGCAGGGUGCCCCUCCCUGUCGCUUCAGGACGGCUACUGGCCCCCCAACGCUGACGGCCACAAGGUGGUAUGGGCACUCUUGCUGGCAGGUGACGACAGGCAGGGCCGUUGAGGCCUGCGGGUGCCCCCUCUGCGGGCCCGGCACUUGCUCCUGGGCUGCCUCCACCGGCCCGGGAUCUUGGUCACUUUUCACAGCAGGCUCCCCCAGGGGACCCGGCUGGGCUCUUGGGCCACUCUCCAGCCACCUAACCCUAGGGCCCCCUCCUCGCUCGGCCCAGCAGUCCCUGGCGCCCGGCUCCCCGCGGCGCACAGCCGUGCUGGCCCCUCGGCUGCCUCCGCUGCCCGUGGGGGCGCCCCUGCCUCCGGCUGCUGUGCGUGGACAGGUGGGUGCCGGCACGAAGGGCCAGGGCUGUGUCCCCGCUUGGGGCCGACCCAGCCGCCAGGGGUCAGCAGAGCCCGGGAGGAGGGUGGGCCAGCUCGACACCGCCCACCCCGGCCCGACCUAGCCCGAACGCAACUCCGUUGUUUGAAUAAACGUGUUUGUGAAACCAGGCGGCGGGGCCUUCGGGAGCUCCCGGUCACCCCCGCCCCCCGCUUGGGGGGCGAGGGACCUCGGCGCGGCUGGAGGCGAGGGCCGAGGGGCAGCGUCCGUGGCUCCUUCGAGGCGGCCCUGGGCGACGGGCCAAGGCGCGACCCGGCGCGCACCCCUGCGACCCCACGUAGCCUUAGUGUCACGCACGCUCUCCAACAACGUCUCCUUGCCGACCGGCCCGCCCAGUACGCACGGGGAGGGCUGCGCCUGGCGGGAGGGGCGAGCGCUGCUCCGGCGCGGCCCUCCGAGCCGGACGCGCGUCCCAGCCUCGGUGAGGCCCCGGCCCCGAGCGCGCUCGGGCGCUGCCACCGCAUGGGCGGCGCUCGGCAGGGACCGGGGCGGGGCUCCGGGCUCGCUCCGCCCGCACAGCCUCCGCGGCUCUCCUGGCCCAGCAGUCGGGCUGCGGCGGCCGAGCCUAGCCGAGCUGAGCCACCAGGCACGUAG